ACAGGUCAAAAAAAAUAAAUAAAAAUAAAUAUUCAGUUAAAAAUAGAAAAGUUUUCAUGGCGCUAAUCUAUCACGAUGCUACCAUUAAGACGUCCAUUGAUCUGGUGUUGACUGUACUCGAUGAGAUCGGUAAAGGCAUCCCGUUUUGCCAGUUGGUCAACUAUUUCAGCGCCAGAAUCGGAUUUCCCGCCGACGUUUGCAACACGAUCGUCCAGGAAGCCCUCGAGUGUGGCAUGGAGAAGAAGGCGAUCAUAAAAAUGCGAUCACAUUACUAUCUGACCCCGCCUCGUCGCCUGCGCAACCCAAGGGCACGCGACAGAUUCAUAGACUUUUGCAGCAUUGUGAAAUACAGGCGGAAGCUGAAAGCCAGGAGAACUAGACCAAACAGGGCAAAGCCAGCAUCAGUCUGAUAUAAUUAAUUCAUAAUUCUAUGAGUAUCAGCUGGAGUGUGCCGGGAGUGCAGCGCAAACACUUUAUUAAAAUUAAAAUUUAUCUAAAUUGCGGCGGCAAGCCAU